CGAUAAGAAGGAGCCCAGGCUCCACCAACCUCACCCGCGUAACCUCCCUUGCCCACCUAUGGCACGGCGACUAAAAGACUUUGCAUUCGACGAAGAUGGAUCAUGUCGAUCGAGCAGCCUCCGAAAGAUGCUGUCUCUUCAGAUCUCGACGCGCAAACCAGCAAACAAGAUGACGGACAAGUCGACGCACUGCAAAGUGCCACCCAGCCUCAACCUGGCAGUCGAUCAUACAACGAGAUGAAUUUUCCCUUUGACGAGAAUCUAUUCUACUCCGCUCCACUCGCUCCUCCAACUACCGCACUCCCAGCAGACGAUGCAGAGGACGAGCAAGCAGCCGCAGCCCUAGAAACUCCUCACCCACCCGACUUCAAACCCUUCUUCACCCUCGUCGAAGAUCCGGCGAAUAGCGACCACCAGCAUCCCACCGUGCACUACCUCUUCUCCGACGACGAUCCCGACAUCCUCACCUCCGCCGUCCUCGACACCCUGGAAGCGGGAGGAGGCAGUAACGACAAUUCCCCCAAUCUGCGCGAUUCCAGCGAGCGCUACGUUAUUGUCGAUGUCGCUGCCGAUGGGAAGUCGGUGGUUUCGGCGGCGUCUUUGAGUGCGGAUUGGCAGGCUGUGCGCGCCGAGUUGGCUCCUGCUCCCAGCUUUGGCGAGGAGGCGAGUGGGGGUGCGAGAGGCUUGAUGUUGAAGGUCUCUGGGCAGGAGAGGGAGAUGAAGCGACGUGGGCAGGUGCAGAAUGCCGAGGAUCUGGAUGAGCUGAUUCGGUCUUUUAAUGAGCAGCUUGAGAAGUUGGAGCAGGCUGCUGGAAAGGAAUGAUGAUGAUCUUCACGACCAUGAAUUACGCCAGAAAGGAAGUCCGGAGACAGUAUUCUUUCAAUUUCA